GUUCUCUGUGGAUAACAAGCGUGGCUUCGUAGGUCUCACCCAAAGAUGAGCUAUAUGCUAACAGUGGGAAGAGAAACACGAAAACCAUAGGUGUUUUCUGUGAUUGAAAACACUGUAAUCACUAGUUGAUACAGCGAACGGUUAUUGUGAAUUCAAUGUGUUUCAAAUAAAAUCCACGUAAAUUGUAUUCUUGUUAUUUUUAUUUGCCAACUAUAACUGCCGACGGAUAUCUUUGUUCAGAUACUAAACAUUGUACGACUGCGAAGUUAAAAGAGAAGAGGAUAUACAGAUUUAAAAUUUUACCUCGGAUAUAUGCGGAGUCGAUUCUAUUAUACAAUUCGGUGGUUAAUCGAACUUUGACACUUAUUUCGUUGAACAAUCUUCGGAAUUAACACUUAUAAAUUUCGUUUGACGCAAUUAUUCUAGAGACAAUCGAUUUUGAACGAGACAAUUAUUUAAACUGACAGAAUGACAAACAUUUUGAUUGACAAGGUGGUAACUCGCUUGUUAAUACUUAUAAAACUUUUACUAACUUGUUUUUGAUCGAGACAAUUAUUUACGAGACAACUUGACGGAGUGAUGGUAUAAACACUUUGAUUCUCGAAUGAUAACUGUAGUCAACACUUACAAUUUUGAUUGAAACAAUUAUUUGAGAGACUGACAGAGUGACGAUAUAAACACUUCGAAUAAUAUAAUGGUAACUAAGAACUUUUAUCCGUUGUCGACACUUAUAAAUUUUGAUUGAAACAACUUAUUCGAAAAUCAAACUGGCAAGGUGACAGUGUAAACACUUCGGACAAUCAACUGGUAACUAAGAGAAACAAGACGAGAACAAACUUUUUACUCGCAAUUAACACCUAUUAAUUUUGAUUGUAAAAAUUAUUUGAAAAUAAAACUGACAAAGUGACGGUUUAAACACUUCGAAUAAUAAACUGAAACUAAGAAACUCUUUCUAUGUUACUAGGCUUAUUUAUAACUAAAUCCCCCACGGAGCGAUAGUCACAUGACAGUUGGCUCUUGUGGGAAUCGCAAUGCUGCAGUUUUGGGGUGUCUGCCAGCGUACGUGAGAGAACGUGGAUUUUGGUGAUCGCCGAUGUCUUGAUUUCUCAUAUUCCUUUUCUUGAUGCUGAUGGGAACAUUCAAAAACCUUUCCUGCUGAUGCCUGUGGGAACGUUCAAGGCACGUGGCAAUGUGUCCUUGUUGAAGAUGUGUCUGAGGGCUAAGGAACUUUCCGUGCUGAUGCCAAUGGUACCGUUUAAGCCACGUGUAUUGUUAUCAGGGGUGCCUCUGGAACCUUCCUUUGGGUGCAGGUUAUGUUGGUUAUGGACAUGGAAGUAUCUGCGUUUGCCCAACCUGUACAACACAAGAGGAGGAGAGAUUCCAAAAAUGUGUGGAUGGCUCGUGAAGACGAUACAGAUGACUGUGCGAAGGCUCACUUCCCUGAGGAGACUUCUGCUGGAGUCCUGGAUGUUCUCCUGUGUCACCGCUCUUCUGGUCGGAGCAAUCUUCUCUACUGUUUUGGUGAUUAUGAUUUUAAAUGGUGAAUACGGACGUGUCUUCAUCAAAGGUUCCUUAUGCAGAUUGUCCCA